CGCGCGAGGAGAUCUCGUCGCGAACACGACUCGAAGCCGCCGUUUCACGCGGACGCACGCACGCGGCACCGCGCGCGAGUGAACUUCGGUCGCGCACGUCGCGGCGACGCGCGUCAGAUCGUCGAUCGCGCGCCCGCCGAGGAGGGCGUUUGAGAAGAGGAGAGGAUUAUUGUUGAUUAGAGCGAACGGCGAAGGUCUCUCGCGAUGCUGCCGCUGUCGCUCCUCAAGACGGCUCAGGGUCACCCCAUGCUCGUGGAGCUCAAGAACGGCGAGACGUACAACGGCCACCUCGUGUCGUGCGACACGUGGAUGAACGUCCACCUCAAAGAGGUCAUCUGCACGUCCAAAGACGGCGAUCGGUUCUGGCGAAUGGCCAACUGCUACGUGAGAGGGAACACGAUCAAGUACGUGUGCGUCCCGGACGAAGUGAUCGGCCUCGUAGAGGAGGAGAACCUCCGCAAGAAGGACUCGCGGCCGACGGUGGGCGGGAGAGGUCGCGGGCGGGGCGGCGGCAGAGGGGGUGGACGCGACGGCGGCGACGGCGGGAGGGGCGGAGGACGCGGGGGACGCGGGGGCCGAGGCGGGAGAAGCUGAUCUGACGGACGGGCGCGGCGCGUUCAAACGACUUCUUCGCGGCAGGUUUUUUUUUGAAGGAGAGGGAGAGGAAGCCGCGAGGAGGGCACGGCAGAGCGACGAACGACGCGAUCGAUCGUCGAGCGCGCGAUAGAUAACUCACCGAUGUUUAAUCACAUCACACGCCUACGC